AAAUCAAUAUGUUUGAUGUUACAUUCUAAUGAAAAAGCACACCACAUAAUUUGUUUGGCUAAUCAAUCUACCUGACAGUGUAUGUCAAUAUCUCAAAUACCAUCUUUACUAUAGGAGUGCUUAUUGGAAGUGGGUAUUUAUCGGAAACGGGUUGCCUAUUAAAAAAACGGUGCAAAGGGAGAAGUGUGUAUUAAAAGGCGGAAGGCACAAAUAUGUAAUCAUUAUCAUGGUGGUUGGACUCUAUUUUCUUCCUGGUUCUGUCUCUAGCUGCAUGUAGGACAUAGUCCAACCAAAUGUUUGGGAGUAUCUAAAGCGUUGUUUUGGUACAUGGCAACAGGUUGUCCUUCUUAGGUUAGACUACCAAAUAAAGUCAGCAGGCAUGCCACCACUUAGAACGCCUCCUAAGACGGAUUUGAAUUUGAUUUUAUGAGGCUGUCUCAUUUGUGUUGAUAUACAAUAGUCCACCGUGUUGCACCGUGGUGCACCGUGGCUUGCAUUAUGCAUGACAUUCCCUGUUACUGUAUUUAACAAACUUUGUCAUAAUGAAAUAAAUAUAUAAAGCAAAUGUAGCGCUGUACAGGUUCACUAGUGCCUUGCUGCAUGUUACGAUUCUGUAGUUUGUUGCACUCUGCUGCAAUUGCUGACUUACAUUUGACUUCGUUUCAGAGGAAAUACAGUUCUCUUCUGUUCUGCCGACUCCCAAUUCCCUCUGUAGGCAACUUCAAGACAAGUUUGUUGCCCUUCUUCGACUGCUGUUGUUGUGGGACCCUCAAGCACGUGGAGGAUCAAUUCUUGAAAGUGGCAAGAAGGAGUGCUUUGAUGUGCUUGAAAAGAUCAUCAAUACUGUGAUAGUCCGUGUAUUCUUAGUCAGCUCAGCAGUGGCGAUUCCAUUUGAAGUAUUACCAAGUGAAACGAUAGAGGAUCUGCAAGUUAAAUUAUCUGAGGCAACUGGAGUCGAUGUUAAGGAGCAGGAAUUGUUGUUGGCUUCAGGGCAGGCUGUUAAGCCAAAUACACUUGUCAUGGAUUGCAUUAAGGAUGAUCAGAUUGGAGAUGAUUGCGCUCUGUUCCUUUUGCCAACAAGUGUUGAACCAAAAUCCACACGGCCAUUGUACACUUUGCCACCUACAGUUCAAGGAAUGGUCACUGAGCAGAAAACGCUGAUGUCGUACGAGGAAUUGAAAAGGGCCUUUGCUCAGGGCGUGAACUUUUGCCGUGAACAGACAAAGAUAAAUCAGCUGCUGAUUGAAGGCUUUAGGGCGGCACAGAUUUCAUUGUUAGUUCUUAAUUCCAAACUUGGACAGCUCAAGUCUGAACUUCUAACUGAAUCCAACAAACUGGAGGCAAAAAUAGACUUUUUCAACUCCAGUUUACAGACUGAUUUAGAAAUUUAUGCUGAUAAUAUCAACCUUGUAAAAAAUGAUAAACUGCUCAGAAACUGGAAACGGGCGCAGAAAAAGGUGGAGUCGUUUCAGAAUAAUGAUGUAACACAACUGAAAGAGUUCACAGCAGCAGUACAGACUAAAGUUGUUGAGCUGCAGAAGAGUCCAUACACAAGUGGAACGCAAUCGAAAUCUAAACCUGAUGGAAUGAGGUACGACUGUGCUGUCAAACUUUACGAGAAGCUGAAACAAAGCGACAGACGACCCGCGGACAGUCAGCCAAUGGCCACGAUUAUCUUGCAGAUUCUUGCACAGAGAGAGAAACUGCACAGGGAUAUUUGUACUCAGUUAAGUGAAGUGAUGUCCUGCAGAAGAGAGAUCCGCAAACUCAUGUAUCGUGUUAUACAGGUCAAGGAGAAACUUAUCACCAGAGCAGAUGAGCUCACAGAGAUGCAGAAGCAAAGACAAGUUGACCUGUGGAGACUUCUCCAAUCAAAGAGGCAAAGAGAACAGAAUCGUUCGUCAAGCAGUCCACAUACAUCAAUUUCUUCGCUCACAACUUCUUGUCUCAGUACACAAUCCGUUGUUCUAAUUGAGGAGAGCUCUAGAUCCUUUGAAAAGUUUGCCGGAUUGAUAAACAAAUUGAAGAUCGAUCAGAUCAGUGAGACGGAGAAUUUCGACUGGGAAUUCCUUGAGGAAGAAAAUAGCUCAACUGACCAACAGAGCGUUUGAUGUGCAAAAGAAAGUCUUUCUAAAACGCGGUUGUUGAAUAUUAAGCGUAGAUUUGCUCCUCUUCAGACUGACAUAACGUGAUGAAAGAAUCGAAUUAACCUCUUCCAGGCGUUCAGAUAGUUGGGGCGCAAGGGCAAGAAAACGGGGGAAGGAAAUAUAGGACACAGAGGCUUAGUGCGAAGAGCGACCUUGCGCGCCGCGCUUCUCGCGCCGCGCCAUUUUUCGCGCUGCGCGCCAACCAUUGAGUGAACGCCUGGCAGAGGCAAGACACAAUUAUGAACACCGCCAAGCUGCUAAUGACCGACAAUUUCGCAAACUGAAUGACUACUCAGGCACUGUCUGUUGAACAAGUUUCAUGUUCUAAAACGGAAAAAAAACUGUUUGUACGCAAGGUUUUUAUUGUUAAAUUGUGAGACAUUUUAAGCUACAUAGUAGUCGAAGUUUUAUUAGUGACUGUGUCAUGUCCAUAUCAAGCUUUCAAGCUUUUUAGUUUUAGAUAGUUAUGCUGUAUAGUCCUUAGUGAUUUACCGCAAUAAAAUUGCUAUAUGACAAUCUAAAUUGUCACAUCAUGACAA